AUGAGUCUCCUCGAGCGGCUCAACCGCGACGGCUUCGUCCUCGUGCCCGGCGCCUUCACCGGCGAGGCCCUCGAGACGCUCCGCCGGGCCACGCAGGACGCCACCGCCAACGCCCGCCGCGGCAACUGGCCCGACGUGCGGACGCUCCCCAAGCAGUUCCCUCCGUGGAAGGUCGACGGGCCCAACCCGGCCGCCGAGGGCAUCUGGGGCGUCCAGGGCGUCAUGCACCCGGACAUGCCGCACCAGCCCGACUUCGUCCGCGUCUACUUCUCCGACGCCAUCGUCGCCCCGACCCUCGAGCUGCUGCAGUGCUCCCGCGACGACCUCGUCAUGGAGCUCUUCAACCUGCUCGUCCGCCCGGACUACGACUUCGAGCUGCGCUGGCACCGCGACGACAUACCUGCCACCGCCACCGCCGAGGAGGAGCUCGACCGCCUCAACAAGCCCGCCUUCUCCGCGCAAUGGAACCUCGCCCUCUACGAAGACUCCAGCCUCGUCGUGGUCCCGGGCUCGCACCGCCGCGCGCGGACCGACACGGAGCGCCACGCCGACCCCUACGAAAAGGUCCUGCCCGACCAGCUGGUCGUCAAGAUGGAGCCCGGCGACAUCGUCUUCUACAACAACAACAUCCUCCACCGGGGUGUGUAUGACUCCAAGGUCGAGCGCAUGACCCUCCACGGCAGCGCCGGCCAUGUCGACGGCGCCAAGCUGCGCGCGAGGAACGUCCUCCAGCACGGGCUCCGCAACUGGAUUGACCGCCUCAACUUUGAUGCCCUCGAGGGCCACGAAAAGGAGUUGGCGGAGCACAUGCGAGCUAACCUCGUCAAAAUGGGACAAGACGCGGGAGACGUCGGGUUUUCGUUGCAAGGUUGA